AUGGCGAGACCCAAAGAUACGACUUUGGGCCGAUUCUAUGGCCUCCCUAAGGUGCACAAAGAUGGCGCUCUUCUCCGACCCAUCGUGUCGCUCAAACGGACUCCAAAGCACGGACGGGCUAAGUGGCUGUUCCGACGUCUCAAGUUCCUGGCCGCUGAGUCAGACAUCACGGUCUCUUCGUCAGCAAAAUUCCUGGAGAAACUCAAAGGGGUAAGCCGCUAUCCAAAUGAGGUCAUGGUAUCUUUUGAUGUUACAUCCUUGGUUACUUCUAUUCCCCAGGACCUGGCGAUCGAGACAAAAAAAUGCUUCUAUAAAGCAAGUACGAUGGAACAGAUAGCUGUCUUGGACACGCCCAAGUUCUUCAGCCCCUGAAGCUUUGUCUAUGUACGUACUUCAAUUUCGACGGGACAGUCUUCGAACAGAUGCAGGGCACACCAUUGAAUUCGCCGAUGUCGGGAUUUAUCGCCGAGGCGGUCCUGCAACGGUUAGAGUCUCUGAUCAUCCAGCACCACAGACCGAAGUUCUGGGCAAGGUAUACGGAUUAUAGCUUCAUCGGCAUCGAACGAAUUCAGACGUUGACAUUCAAAGGACGUCUCAACGCCGUCCAUGCGGACAUUCAGUUCACGAAGAAGGGUGAAGAGAACAACCAGCUGGCCUUCCUGGAUGUCCUGGUAUGCCGCAAGGAUUGUGGUGGACUAAAGACCAAAGUGUUCAGGAAAGCGACAAAUACGAUGCACGUACCGAGCUUCAACAGCAACCACGCAAUCAGUCACAAACGCAGUUGUGUAAGGACGCUCUGUCCGCUGGUCGAAACGAACUGCAGUGAGCCCUAAGACAAGAUUGCCGAAUUACAAUACCUCCGACGGGUAUUCAAAGCCAAUGGCUAACCGAGCAACUUUGUCAACUGGUGCAUACGCAAAAUGGACGAAAGGCCUAACCGCAGGGACACCAAAGUUUGGCGAGCGCUUCCAUAUGUCAAGAACGUUUCGGAAGCUGUUGGCCGCCUUCUCGCACCGCUGGGGGUUGGAGUUGCACACAGGCCAGAGGCAACCAUCAGGCGUCAACUGAUGAAACCAAAAGACCCACUGCCACGGCAAGAAACAUCUGGAGUCGUUUAUCGGAUCUGGUGCAGUUGCGGACAAAGCAACUACGUCGGAGAAACCGGAAGACAGCUCCGAAAGCGAAUGGCCGAACACGCUGCAGCAGUGCGGAGAAAUAACGCCAGCUCUUAAGUUGCGGCUCAUUCGACGGGUUCCGGCCACACAUUCAAAUUUGACGAGGCCGAAAUUCUUGCAAGAGGUGACAACCGCGUGAGCCGGGAGCUGCUUGAGUCAUGGUUCACUGGUCCCCAGUCUAUUAACAAGUGCAACGAUCUUCCCAUUCAAUACAGCGUGCUGAGACUUCGUCUAGGCGGAGAAAUUGACCACGCGGGGAGCGCCCUGAUGAACACUCUUCCCAACACCCGGGUCAGCGCGUCAGGUGGUCGAGCAAUCAUCACGCCAACAUCCAACGAACGUGAUGCGCUGAGAGAACUCAAGGCCGACAAAGACUUGGUCAUCGUGCCAGCGGACAAGGGGCGCUCCACGGUUGUGCUGGACAGGACAGACUACCUUCAAAAAGCCAAAGAUUUGCUGGAGGACCGACAGUUCUAUGUCCCAUGUGCAACGAACCCUGUAAAAGCGCUGACACGCGAAAUCAAUGCCACGUUGUUGGCCUUGGAGAACUCAGGCGCAAUAACACCGACCGACAGACGCAUGGCGAGACCCCAAGAUACGGCUUUGGCUCGAUUCUAUGGCCUCCCUAAGGUGCACAAAGAUGGCGCUCCUCUCCGACCCAUCGUGUCGCUCAAUUGUACUCCAACGUAUGGACUGGCUAAGUGGCUGUUCCGGCGUCUCAAGUUGCUGACCGCUGAGUCAGACACGACGGUCUCUUCGUCAGCAGAAUUCCUGGAGAAACUCGAAGGGGUAAGCCUCCAUCCAAAUGAGGUCAUGGUAUCUUUUGAUGUUACAUCCUUGGUUACUUCUAUUCCCCAGGACCUGGCGAUCGAGACAAUCGAGCUGCUUCUGCAAAGCAAAUACGAUGAAACGGAGAAUCGUCUUGGACGCUCCUAAGUCCUUUAGCUCCUGAAGUUCUGUCUCAGGACGUACUUCACGUUCGACGAUACAAUCUACGAACAGGUGAAGGGCACACCAAUGGGUUCGCCGAUUUCGGGAUUCAUCGCCGAGGCGGUCCUGCAACGGUUAGAGUCGCUGGUCUUCCAACACCACAAACCGACGUUCUGGGCCCGGUAUGUUGAUGAUACCUUCGUCGUUAUCGAUCGGGAUCAACUGCUGACAUUCAAGGAACGUCUGAAUGCGGUCUUCCCGGACAUACAAUUUACGAUGGAGGAGGAAGAGAACAAUCAGAUGGCCUUCCUGGAUAUCCUGGUAUGCCGCAAGGAUUGUGGUGACUAA